AUGGAGAUGGAGAAGGAGAACUCGGAGCUCUACAUGGAAAACUACCAAAUGAUGUGCGAAAACGAAAGGCUGCGCAAGGAAGCUAAACGGCUCAACCAGGAGAAUCUAAAAUUGCUGUCUGAGUUAAAACAGCAGCUCAUGGAAGCAAAAGCCAGACAACAAAUGGAGUACAACAUAACAGUGAGAGACCUGAACUGGGUCUUGAGGCUACUCUACAAAAGGUUGUCGUCGAAUUUCACGACUACUAUAUGCCAUGUGUGGUGA